CACAUCCAACCGUCCAUUAUUUCCCAUAAAAUUGCUCAUGAAUUAUGGUUAGAUCUGAAGACUAGAUAUGGAGGCUCGAAUGGACCACGAAUCCGAGUUCCAAUCUUUGCGUCAAAAGGGACAAACUGUGGUUGUUUAUUACAAUCAAUUUGUGACUUUGUGGAACAAGCUGUAUGGAUCUGUUGAUCCCACUUGUGACUGCCGAUGUGAGGCCGCAGCAUUGAUUCGGGCGCGUGAAGAACAGGAGAAAACACAUCAUUUUUUGCUCGGCCUCGAUGACGAACAGUUCGGUCAUAUCUGCUCUCAUAUUAUUGCCACCGAACCUGUUCCGGACAUACACCGGGCCUAUGCACUUAUUGUUCAAGAGGAACGCCACAAGAGUAUUGUCCGAGGCCGAGAUGACCGCACGGAUGCUCUUGCCUUCGCCAUGCAACGUCCCGCUCCUACCAUGGGUCGUGGAGACCCCCCCCCCAUUAUUCAUGCACGCAUUGUGGAAAAGAUGGACAUUCAGUGGAUCGGUGUUAUCAGUUGCAUGGAUACCCGCCCGGGAAGGGACGUGGGGGUUGCGGCACUGCAUCCGGCCGUGGGGGUUGCGGCGGUGGCCGAGCGCCGUCCGGCGGCAGUGGCACCCCUGGCCGUGGGUCUGGCCGAGGGGUAGGAUCGGCGACAGGGGGAGCAAAUGCAGCCACCAACUCCAACGCCUUGGGCCUCACACCCGAUCAGAUGACCCGGUUACUUUCCAUGCUCGACGUUUCGUCUUCCGACAAGGAUACCGGGCCUAAUUGUGAUGCAGCAUCUCGUGAGUGGCUUAUUGACAGUGGCGCCUCUCAUCACAUGACUGGACUGUGUCACGAAGAUGGAGAUUGGACGGGGUGAUGCACACAAUUGAGUUUUCCUGUUUCAUCCAUGCUCUGCAGCACUUGCUACCCAAGUG